GUGCGUUAUGGAGCUGCGAGUAGCCGAGCUGAAGCUCAAGAUUGAGGACACGCUUUCUCCCUUUGGAUUCGAGGUUUAUCCCUUCCAGGUGGCAUGGUACAAUGCAGUUCUGCCUCCAGCUUUCCAUCUGCCCCUGCCAGGAUCUACCUUGGCCUUCCUGAUCCUCAGCACUCCUGCCAUGUUUGACCGGGCCCUCAAGCCCUUCUUACAGAGCUGUCACCUUCAACCUCUGACAGACCCCGUGGACCAGUGUGUAGCCUAUCACCUCAGACGAAUGAGAGAGAACCUCCCAGAUGUACAGAUGGAAGUCAUUGCUGACUAUGAAGUACAUCCCAACCGACGCCCCAAAAUUCUGGCCCAGACAGCAGCCCACGUGGCAGGGGCUGCUUACUACUACCAACGGCAGGAUGUGGAAGCUGAUCCCUGGGGAACACAACACAUAUCAGGUGUGUGCAUACACCCCCGGUUUGGGGGCUGGUUUGCGAUUCGGGGAGUAGUGCUGCUGCCAGGAAUAGAAGUGCCGGAUCUGCCUCGCAGGAAGCCUCUUGAUUGUGUACCAAAGAGAGCGGACCGAAUCUCACUGUUGGAAGGUUUCAACUUCCACUGGCGUGACUGGACUUACAGGGAUGUUGUGACACCAGAAGAGCGCUACUCAGAAGAGCAGAAAACCUACUUCUCCACUCCACCUGCCAAACGCUGGACCUUGUUGGGUUUGACCCAGGCCCCAGGGCCUUGCUCAGAGUCUCCUGAAUUUCCCUUCACCACACUCAAUCCCAAACCUCAGAAUUCUGGUACGAAUGAGGGCUGGCUCAGCCCCAGAGUCUCACCACCUCCAACUCCUGGUCCUUGAUUCCCUUUCUUCCAUGAGAUGCCUUAUUUAUAUUGUAAUAAUAAUAUUAGUAAUAAUAAUAGUAAUAAGUAAA